CACUACUGGUAUUUUUGGUAAAUUUAUCUUAUUAGAAAGAAAAAUGAACAUUAUGAAGCAUCAUGAAAUAAGUGGUAACUGAUCAAGUGUUAGACUGUACUAAAAAUAAGAAAAGAUAUUUUAUGUUGAUUUUACUUUCUUCAUUAUUUUCCAAGUUUCUUAUACUGAAGCUAUAUUACUUGUGGAUUUGGAACAAAAAGAGCAAAUGUCAUGUCAUUUUUUUAGAUGCAGUACAUGCUGGGUAUACAAAAUAUAUAAAAUAUUUAGAGAAGAUAAGGAAUCAACAAUUGAUGAAAUUAAUUAUGGGAAGCUUUCAGGAAAGAGCAUGUACUUCUUUAUCGGCAUGAGGUUGCUUCAUGUGCGAAAUGGAAACUGCAAAUAUCAUUUGGGUGAAGAAACAUUUAAAUUAGCUCAGACAUAUAUGGAUAAACUAUCAAAACAUGGCCAGCAAGCAAAUAAAGCUGCACUCUAUGGAGAACUGUGUGCACUCCUAUUUGCAAAAAGUCACUAUGAUGAGGCAUACAAAUGGUGCAUUGAGGCAAUGAAAGAAAUUACAGCAGGCUUACCAGUGAAAGUUGUGGUGGAUGUUUUAAGACAAGCUUCUAAGGCUUGUGUAGUAAAACGUGAAUUUAAGAAGGCAGAACAGUUAAUUAAACAUGCAGUGUAUUUGGCACGGGAUCAUUUUGGAUCAAAACACCCAAAAUAUUCUGAUACACUGCUAGAUUAUGGGUUCUACUUACUCAAUGUAGAUAAUAUCUGUCAGUCUGUUGCAAUUUAUCAGGCAGCACUUGACAUUAGACAGUCAGUGUUUGGUGGCAAAAAUAUCCACGUAGCAACAGCUCAUGAAGAUUUGGCUUACUCUUCUUAUGUCCACCAGUAUAGCUCUGGGAAAUUUGACAAUGCACUAUUUCAUGCAGAAAGAGCUAUUGGUAUCAUUACCCACAUCCUACCUGAAGAUCAUCUUCUUUUGGCUUCUUCAAAGAGGGUGAAAGCACUUAUUUUAGAGGAGAUUGCAAUUGACUGUCAUAAUAAGGAAACUGAACAGAGGCUGCUUCAAGAAGCUCAUGAUUUGCACCUGUCUUCACUCCAACUAGCUAAGAAAGCUUUUGGGGAAUUUAAUGUACAGACUGCAAAACACUAUGGAAACCUUGGAAGACUUUAUCAGUCAAUGAGAAAAUUCAAGGAAGCCGAAGAAAUGCACAUCAAAGCAAUUCAGAUUAAAGAACAACUUCUUGGUCAAGAGGAUUAUGAAGUAGCCCUUUCAGUCGGACAUCUGGCUUCUUUAUAUAAUUAUGACAUGAAUCAGUAUGAAAAUGCUGAGAAACUUUAUUUGCGAUCUAUAGCAAUUGGGAAGAAACUUUUUGGUGAAGGCUACAGUGGACUAGAAUAUGAUUAUCGAGGUCUCAUUAAACUUUACAACUCCAUUGGAAAUUACGAGAAAGUGUUUGAAUAUCACAAUGUUCUGUCUAACUGGAACCGGUUGCGAGAUCGGCAGUAUUCAGUGACAGAUGCUCUUGAAGAUGUCAACACCAGCCCCCAGUCCACUGAAGAAGUGGUGCAGUCCUUCCUGAUUUCUCAGAAUGUUGAGGGACCGAGCUGCUGAGGGAGGACCUCAGUUAACCAAUUACCUUUUCCCGGAUUCCAGGGAAUUCAUACUGUGAAAUCAAAACCAUGUUGUUUUGGGGGGCUGGAAUUUGCAUUGAAACACUGGUCCAGUCCAUUGAAGACCCUAUUUUGGGUGAUCCCUAUCUUGCAGAGUGUCUGUAGGAAUAAGCAUAUAUUCAGUUAUAUUCAGCAUGUACCGCAUGUGUAAGUAGUCUGGCCCACAUUUUCAACCUCGUAGAACAAACAACAAGAAAUCUUUUUUUUUGUUUUUAAAAAAUCCAUUUUGCAGAAAGCCUGAAAGAAUAAAACACACCCCUAAAUAAAACUAUUUAAGAGUUUAAAAGAGUUGCAUUCUUAUUAUGUAAGGAUGAUUUUAACAACUUUUUAAUAUGUAAUUCUUCCAUGUGGAGGUAUUCAAUACUGUAGUGUAAAGGAAUUUUAUGGGAAAAUCUUUAUAUGCAGUAUAGAAAAGUUAAUACAAGUACUAAUAAAAGAGGGACAUCCUGACUUAUGUUUGGCUACCUUGCCCAGAUAAGUGGAUACAACCACUCUGUAUUACAAGGAAAGGACUGUCCGAUUCAUCUGAACUGGACCAGUGUUGAUCUGUAAGUAACAGAAAAUCUGAUAGACCAGCACUUCUGACUGUGUUUUUUUUUUUUUUUUUUUGGUACAACAAUGUAAGAUGCUCUGAUAGCAUUUGCUAACAGGACCAGGAGGAUCUAAAAAGGACCAGCCUUAUGUAGAAGGUGGUUAUUUGGACCAGAGGCUUUAGAUGAUUAUUUUAGAUCCUAUGUAUACUUUUAUCAGUAGAAUGAUUUCAUUUAGAUGUAUAAUGAAAAAGAAUAAUGCAAAAAUUAUGUAAUAGAUACCAAAUUAGGGAAGUUUGGCAAUUUCAAUGGCAUAUUUUUAGUCAAGGUACACAGAUGGCAGUGCCAUAAGCAAGUCUAUAAAUAUCAGCUGCAGCCAUCCCCCUCAUUUUGAAUGUUGCCCUAGUAAUCAAUGCAGUUAACAAGUAUACUGACUGUGAGUCAUGAAAAAGUUCAUGUUCAGAUGGAAAUGUUAGGUUACUGUAUGGUUUAUAGAGAUUAAUGAAAAUGAAUGCCCAAAAAUAAGUCUUAGAAAACCCUCCAUUUUUAUGGUAAAUAGUAAUACAACUAGGUCAUUUCAUUUGAAAUCUAGGAGUCAAAUGGAAAGAUCCCCUAAUAAUACAACUAUUUCACUAACUUGUCUUUCUGUUUAUUGGGUUUUGAUUUGAUUUUUUUGUAAGCCAGUCAGGUUAUUUAAUUAUGAGGUAAUAAUUAAAUUUAAGAAUUUGUGACAUGUAGCAAUUCAAGAAACAAAAAGGUAUUUUGCUGUUACCUCAAUUCUUACUGUAGUAGCCCAUCGGAUGCUUCUAUAGUUAAGAAUCUGGGUUCCCCCCUAUUUUCAGGGGUUCAUGACUUGGCUAUUAAAGAUGUUGCUCUUAGCUAAUGCUUGGAGUAGUCUGUGGGUGAAUGGAUGUGUGUUGAAUUUUAGUUUUCUUUUAACAUACAUGUUGGGUGAGAGGCGAAAAAAUCUAAGCUGUCUGCCACAUUGAGUAUAGAAAAAUUGUAGAUUUCAAAUUUUAUUAAUAUUUUAAGCACUUUUUUCAACUUCCCAACCUUGUUUGAAGCUGUUAUUUGCAGUCCUAUUAGUUUUGAGCCAGUGCAUUUAAGUUCUCUAGGAGGGGGUUGGUUGGGGGAUGUACUGAAAGAGAUGAAGCAUGCCCACACCCUAAGAUGAUAACUGUGUGAUUUAGAAACCUGAGUUGAUUCCUUAAAUUGAAUUAUUUUCUUUUUAAAUUUUGGAAAGAGUAAAUUGAUGUACUUGCAGUUUAUGAAGCUGCCCCCCACCCCUCAGUUAAUUGCAGUCUAAUGUCAAGAGGCACUUCUUUAUUAAUUACCAAAUAGUCUUUGUGACCAAGGACUAACAUUUUUAAGUUACUCAGCUCUAUCCUCAUGGGCCUAUAUAUUUAAUACCUCCAAAGAUAUUUUCAGGAUAGGCUUUGUAUACUUUUAUUGGUUAUUUAGAAUCCAGUGGUAUGUUUGUGGUAUAGGAAUGUCAUGGUAAAUUGUUUUUCAAUAAAUAUUUUGAAACAUGUU